AAUUCCUGCCGUAUGUCAUCAUAACAAAAUGGGGAGUGAAACGUUACCUGACUAUAUAGAAAUACCUACUGAUGGGACUGAUGUCUGGGAAAUUGAUAUCAGGCAUCUGAAACUAGGAAACAAAGUUGCAUCUGGGUCUUAUGGUGAUCUGUAUAGAGGCACAUAUUGUAGUCAGGAUGUGGCUGUCAAGGUCCUGAAGCCUGACCACGUAAAUACAGACAUGUUGAGAGAAUUUUCACAGGAAGUUUAUAUAAUGAGGAAAAUAAGGCACAAGAACGUAGUGCAAUUCAUUGGUGCAUGCACACGACCUCCAAAUCUCUGCAUUGUGACUGAAUUCAUGGCUCGAGGAAGUAUAUAUGAUUUUCUGCAUAAGCAAAGGGGUGUUUUUAAGAUUCGAACUCUUCUCAAAGUAGCACUUGAUGUUUCCAAAGGAAUGAAUUAUCUGCACCAAAAUAAUAUUAUCCACAGGGACUUAAAAACUGCCAAUCUUCUGAUGGAUGAAAACGAAGUUGUUAAGGUUGCUGAUUUUGGGGUUGCCAGAGUGCAGGCUCAAUCGGGAGUGAUGACAGCUGAAACUGGAACGUAUCGUUGGAUGGCUCCAGAGGUUAUUGAGCACAAACCAUAUGAUCAUAAGGCAGAUGUUUUCAGCUUUGGAAUAGCACUCUGGGAACUUCUGACAGGAGAACUCCCAUAUUCAUAUUUAACUCCAUUACAAGCUGCAGUAGGUGUCGUUCAAAAGGGUCUACGGCCUACAAUCCCAAAACACACACAUCCUAAACUUGUUGAACUGCUCGAAAGAUGCUGGCGGCAUGAUCCAACUCAAAGGCCCCAUUUCCAUGAAAUUAUAGACAUUCUUCAACAAAUAGCAAAGGAGGUUGCAGAUGAUCGGGAAGAGCAACACAAGGAUAAACACAGUGGUUUCUUUUCAGCUCUGAGAAGGGCACAUCACUGAAAACUUCAGAGAAAGAGAGAAUGCUUAAUAACUUAUCUGAUCGUCUAGGGCAUUUUUAGUUGUACCUUGUAGUAUUUACAGUGUAGAGUGUCAUAUCUGAUUGGCACGUGAAUCUCAUCCGAGGAUUUUAUCUGUUAUCCUUCUUUGUUUCUAAUUUCUUUGUUGAGUGUUUCUGAUGUUGCGUGUUGUUUUACUUCUCCUGCUUCAUUUUUCCCCAGUUUGCACCUAACCUUCUGUAAAUAAGCGCCUUCUAAUUUUCCCUUGUGAUUGCUGAAACAUUUGUGUUUUACCA